AUGGGAAAUGCGCUUUUGACCAUGUUUAAAUCGGCAGACGUUGAGGUUGAUGCAGCAGCAGCCGCCGCCGGAGUCCCGAAGAAGAGAACGUUUAAGAAGUUCAGUUUCAGAGGAGUUGAUUUGGAUGCUCUUCUUGACAUGCCCACUGAUGAGCUCGUUAAGCUCUUUAGUGCUCGUGCUCGUAGAAGGUUCCAGAGAGGUCUCACCAGAAAGCCUAUGGCUCUCAUCAAAAAGCUUCGCAAAGCGAAAAUGGAGGCACCAGCUGGUGAGAAGCCGGAACCUGUUAGGACUCAUCUUCGUAACAUGAUUAUUGUACCUGAGAUGAUUGGGAGCAUUAUUGGUGUGUACAAUGGAAAGACAUUUAACCAGGUUGAAAUCAAACCUGAGAUGAUUGGGCAUUACCUUGCCGAGUUCUCAAUUUCAUACAAGCCAGUUAAGCAUGGUAGACCUGGUAUUGGUGCUACUCACUCUUCCAGGUUCAUUCCUCUCAAGUGAAUUGCUCUUUUUCGGAGA